CUUUAUCCCGGCCUUCUCGUUGGCGCAACCAUCGGCUUCCCCUUUUUUCCAACCAACGCUGCACAGCCACUAGUUCGUCGAGUUCCUAACAAAUGCAGGUGAGAGAAAGUACAAUGUGGGAUUCUCAGCCGGAAGUAUAAACUUACCCUAAAACCCCAUCGAAGCGUGGACAUCAGGCGCCCGAACCCAAGGAGUUUUCUCUCUCUACCCCGCCAAACGUCUAUGCCAAGCCCUACUGCCACGUGGAUCCCUCAGUCCGUUGGUGUUGAUAAGAGCUUAAUACUGCUGGCGCUACCUUCACCCCCGUACUGAUGGCUCCCAGUCAUCCCCGCGCUGUGGGGAAAAAGUCCAGGAGCGGAUGCCGCUCCUGCAGGUGAGUUGCCGAGGGUAAACCAACGAUUCACGACUAAUGGUCAGUCGUAGAGCCCGCCGUAUUAAAUGUGAUGAAACUCCGAAUGCGUGCCGAAACUGCACCUCGACCGGCAGAGUCUGUGAUGGCUAUGACCUCCAUCGGCUGCCUCGUCGCAGGAAGGCCAGGGCAGACGGAACCACUUCGCCCGGGGUCCUGGCCAUUACACCAGAGCCACCCUGGGCAAUGACCUCGGAUGAGCGACAAUGCCUAUCAUAUUUCCAGCAUCGCACCGUUCCCACAAUUCUCCAAUUUUACGAUUCAUUACUAUGGCAGAGACUGAUCCUCCAGAUGAGCCAGUCCGAGCCAGCGGUUUACCAUGCUGUGGUGGCCCUUGGUGCCAUCCAUCAAAAUUCCGAGACGGAAGGGAUGUCGCUGCUCGUGCGGAAUUUGUACAACACGCGGAAUAUGUUCGCCCUCGCACAACUGGGCCGUGCGUUUACCUUCUUAACUCAACGACGGUUAUCCCAUGAUCCGCGCCUGCGUCCCGUCAUUCUGGUUUGCUGUUUGCUAUUUGUUGUGUCGGACUUGCUCCAGGGACAGUACGACGCUGCCUUCAAACACCUUAGCAGCGGUCUGAGGAUUUUAGGGGAAGAGAAGGCCGAAAGGGCUCUGGUCUCCACGACGCCCCGAGAGGGACCCAUCGAUCGGAGCUUGGUCGAAGCCUUCUACCACUUGGGCAUCCAGUCAACGCUCUUCGGGUUUGAGGAUUCCCUUCUACCUAUCGAUGACGGAAAGUAUAAUAUAGAGUUCUAUAAUUUGUACGAGGCCCGUCAGGCUUACAAUAUCCCACUUCACGCCGUCUAUCGGUUUACUGGACCCUGCAUCGGUCUGUCUGCCUCGUACAUCAAGUCCAACUAUGACGUGCUCCAGUCGAGACAACUCGCAGCGUUCGCCAUAUUGAACAAAUACAUGGACCUAUUCGAGCGCUUCUACCGCACUUCAUAUGCCCGUCUCAGUCGAAAGGAGCAGCGAGGCGCGAAUCUACUCUAUCUCCAACAGCUUGGCUUAGCCCUGUCUUUGAAGACCUGUCUCCUCGCUGGGGAUCCGACCGCGUACGAUUAUUACACAACCGAUUACGAGAUGAUCCUACUAGCCGCAGCCAAAGUAAUAGAAGACUUCACCGAGCGUCCGGGCAUUAGUCUCAACGUUGGCGUCAUUCCGAUAUUAUUUCGCACGGCAAUGGCCUGUCGUGACCGCAGCCUUCGAUGGCGGGCCAUAGAGCUUCUGCAGUCCUGGCCUCAUCGAGAAGGGCCCUUCGACUCGAAUUGGUUUGUUCAUGUCUCCUUAGAGACCCUAAAGCUAGAGCUAUUGGCCGAAAGCGGAGGAAGAAGGGGCCAGGAUAAUCCAAAGCCCACAUUGACUACAAUAUCGGGCGAGCGGCUAUCCUUCAAACGGCUCAUGGUGAAGAUUAAGCAAGGUCAGCGCAAUGCGGUUAGAGCAAUGGGGAAAGGAGUAGGUGACGGGAAACAUUCUCCACUAGAGCUUGUCGGCUCGGUUAAGUGCAGCGAGUCGUGGUCUUGUGUGCGAUUGUUCAAGAUCAUGGCUGGACAGUAUAAGCCUCCGCAACCUUAGACGGAUCGUUGUAUAUACGUUAUGGGAGGCCCACUGUUUGUAGAUAAAAUUGUUUCUAAUUACAGUUAGAACGCUGCUUAAGCUCAUACACAGAUAACAUGCUACUAUAUAUCGCAAUACCAUAGUGCAAUGCGUUCAACGCAGAUUGUUGAUGUCGACAGAAUAGAGACCUAGUAUGGGCCAAG